AUGUCCAUGCGGCAGAACCUUACGUGUAAAGAGUGUCGUACCCUAAGCCAGCUGAGCCACCCUAGCAACAAUUGUACUCGCUCACCAGAUCCUCCACGCUCCCCCAACACAUACACCAUGCACCGGGCUGGGAUUACUGUUACGCAAGGGAGGGUGACGGCAGCACUUGGCCGAGCUGCCCGCAGUAAUGGCCCUCUCUCUACCUCGCCCACAGCAGCGGCCAGGCCACCCACCUCCUCCAACACCCCCGCCUCGUAUUUCUCCUCCACACAGAGUCGGAAGCUGCACGGGACCCAGGCUGUGUUUGAACAUUUGCCCCCAGAGUUGACUUCCGCCGCCCCGGCUGCUGCCGUACCUCCACCUGAUAUUGAAACACAGGUGGGUGAGACAACCAAGGAAUAUAUUAUUAAGGAAGCUGCGCCCACAGCACAACCUGUAGUUGAAGCAAUGACAACACCAGCAGUUGAAUCUGAAGCAGCACCUGCAGCUGAAGCCACACCAGCAGCUGAAGCCGAAGCAGCACCAGCAGCUGAAGCCGAAGCAGCACCAGCAGCUGAAGCCGAAGCAGCACCAGCAGCUGAAGCCGAAGCAGCACCAGCAGCUGAAGCCGAAGCAGCACCAGCAGCUGAAGCCGAAGCAGCACCAGCAGCUGAAGCCGAAGCAGCACCAGCAGCUGAAGCGAAGCAGCACCAGCAAGCCGAAGCAGCACCACUGAAGCAGCACCAGCAGCCGAAGCGGCACCAGCAAGCCGAAGCAGCACCAGCAGCUGAAGCCGAAGCAGCACCAGCAGCUGAAGUUGAAGCAACACCAGCAGCUGAAGCGAAGCACCAGCAGUCGCAGCAGCACCAGCAGCUGAAGCCGCACCAGCAGCUGAAGUUGAAGCAGCACCAGCUGAAGCCGAAGCAGCACCAUCAGCUGAAGCCAAAGCAGCACCAGCAGCAGCUGAAGCAUCACCAGCAGCUGAAGCCGAAGCAGCACCAGCAGAAGCCGAAGCAGCACCAGCAGUCGCAGCACCAGCAGCUGAAGCCGCACCAGCAGCUGAAGCCGAAGCAGCACCAGCAGCGAAGCCAGCAGCACCAGCAGCAGCUGAUCACCAGCAACCGCAGCAGCUGA